GACGUGCAGUUUCAGGUCGAAUCCCGCAGGCGCCCCUCAUUUUCCGUCCGUUGACCCAUUCUCUCUCUCACCUGCAAUUGUCAUACUUUAUUUGAUAUUGUUGAUUCGUUUCUUCUUCCUAUAUCUAUUGCAGAGCGUACGACUGCACUGGUGGUCUCUAAUCAGGACUUGUACAUGCCACAAGCGCGCACAUCGCAGCCACAGAGUACCAUAGCUUCCCUGGCUUCAAGACACCCAAGCGCAACAGGAAGUCGAGUAUAUACAUCCCACUGGACACAAAGAACUGUGGCUCUAGUCUGAGCGCAGGCCCAACGUACAGGCAGGAUGUCAUGGGCAACGGAUAUCGACGGGGAUUUCGCCCUCCACAAUGCUGUCAUCGAAGUGAUGCCAAAGGGUACACAGAUUGUUUCUGCCGAGACCUGGGGGCUUUCAGCUUGGACCAAGACAGCAAAGAUUACAACCGAGCUCGCUGACGGAAGUGCGCAGCGAUACUUCCUCAAGUGCGCGAGCGGGAAACUGGCCAAGAUUCACAUGUGGGGCGAGCAUUACUCUGCCACGGUGAUUCAGUCAAAAGUGCCGGGGUUCGGGCCCGAGCCAGUUGGUAAAGGAGAGUUCAUAGACGAGGUUGGGAAGCAGGUCUACUUCUAUCUCCAAAAGUAUUAUGACAUGGACGUGCAGACACCGCCUGACCCGGCCGGGCUAGCCACCGCAAUUGCAGAGCUUCACACCAAGGUGACAUCUCCCAACGGAAAAUUUGGCUACCCGCUGGUCACAGGCCGCGGGAGCGUAGACCGCACGGAGCACUGGAGUGACAGCUGGGCAGACCAGUUCACAUACCUGCUCAAGGACCUCAUCAAGCUCGACAACCAGGUCAACGGGCCAUGGCCUGAAUACGAUGCGGCAUGCAAGCAGCUGACGGACGGCGUCAUCCCGAGGCUGUUGGGAGCGUUGCAGGCUGACGGCCGCGAGAUAACGCCGGCUCUUUGCCACGGCGACUUGUGGGAAGGCAACGUUGCUACCGAUAUGGAAACUGGAAAGGUCAUCAUUUUUGAUCCGGACGAGUGCAUGUACGCGCACAACGAGAUUGAGUUCGGGACGUGGCGGUGCAGCUGGGCCACACACUUCAAGUCCCCAACUUACAUCCAGCGCUACCUGAUGCAAGUGGAGCCAUCGGAGCCGGUCGAGGAGUGGGAAGACCGUAACAGGUUGUACUCGAUCAAGGCCGCCAUCUGUGACUCUGCUGGUCACAGAGGGAGCAGAUCACGAACUAUAGCAUAUAACGAUAUGUUAUUUCUCUGUGAAAAGUACGCACCUCUUGGCACAUUAGAACGCUACGACCCGGAGAAGGACAUUAGUGUGACGGGAAUGGUGGAGGCAUAUGACAUACACUCUGGAAUAUGAGGCAGCAGAAGGAACUCAAUCAUUCAAGCGGCACAAAUUCUCCCUACUUUACAAUCCCAAGGUCUAGACAUUCAAUCAUAGUUUUCAUACUCCUCA